CACCAAAAAUAAUAGAAAUUACAGUUUUAAAGUACAAAAUCAAACUGUUUUCAAACCUGAUAUUUUGCCAACUCAAGCUUCAAGCACCAAAAAUAAUACAUAUCGAUACAAUUUUCAAAAUCGAAUCGGCAAUAAUAAAGAGGAAAUAAAUAGAGAAGAAUAUCAAACUGACGCAUCUAGUCUAUUAAAUUAUACUCUUGUCAAGUUGAAUGCUAUUGAUAAAUUUAUCAAAUUCCUAAAAAAUGAAACUCGUCAUAUUAACGUUGAUUUUUUACACCAAUACGAAAAUAUACGUGAUUUACGACAAGAUAUAGAUAUAAAAUAUUGUGAUUCAUCAGUUCAAAAUUAUGAAGUUGAAAACGCAGAUGAGAGUGUGAAUGAAAACACAGAUGAGAGUGAAAAUUAUAUUACCUAUGAAGAAAAAAUAUAUACUACUGAUAAAUUUAUCAAAUUCCUAAAAAAAGACACUCAUUAUAUUGACGAUGAUUUUUCACACCAAUUCGAAAAUAUAUGUGAAGAUAUUCAUGCUUUACAACGAGACAUAAAAGAUGUAAAAUAUGGAAGGGACCAUAAUAUUUAUGGUGGUGUCCAUUGUAUUGAUGGG